GUCCUGUGUUCUCUGUCCUCAAUCGAUCUUGUUUCGUGAUGAAUUCAGCUAAUUAGAUUAUAAAUUGAAUCUCCCACUUGUUCGAUUCACUCAGCAAAAUGGGGUCUUCAUCUUCCUUCUGGAACAUAGCUUAUCAACAAGCCAUGAAAAGCGGUGUGCUCGUCGCGAAAGUCUACUCCUUUCUCCAUGUGACCACAAACUAUCUCGCCUUCCCUGCUUACGCUUUUGGUCCGAGCAUGAUCCCGACGCUUCAUCCUUCGGGGAAUGUCGUACUGGCGGAACGAAUCUCCACGCGGUCUCGGAAACUGAGUCGUGGAGACGUCGUCGUGUUGCAGUCUCCGGAAGACCCUAACAAGACUCCGAUCAAGAGAGUGAUUGGACUUGAAGGAGAUUGUGUUAGCUUUGUGGCUGAUCCAGAGAAGAGUGAUGAAUCAAAAACCAUCGUGGUUCCUAAAGGGCAUGUCUGGGUGCAAGGUGACUAUACUCAGAACUCGAGAGACUCAAGAAUGUUUGGUCCUUUACCUUAUGGUCUUAUUCAAGGCAAAGUGCUUUGGAGGGUUUGGCCAUUUCAAGAUUUUGGACCGAUUGGACCGACCACAACUUAAAGAAAUGUGAUUUGGCUCGGGUGUUAGCUUGGUUGGUCAUUUGACAAAGACCAAGGUGGUUUGUUAGAGUAGUAAUUCAGUUGUUAAGUCAAGUUAAUCCGGUUAGCUAUAAAAUGAAGAGACGAAAAGAGGGAAAAAUAUUGUUUGUACUACAUAUUACAAUUAAAUGAUUCAUUUUGAUUAGAUACCGGUGAACUAAUUACCAAUAUGUUUCUUGCAUGUUAUAUUUUUUAUACUUUGCUUUUCUUGGGUUUCGAAACUCAGAUCUCCUGAUGUGAAAACAUUAAUAAACUCUUCAUAAAGCCAUUGAAAUAAAGGGAUUUC